GCGUGGGUGGAUGUGUAGUGGUGCAACUGGUGCUGGAGCCACUUGAAACUUCAAUUGUUCUUAAAACAUAACAAAAUGCACAUACAUACAUAUACAACGGAUAUAGUGGAUAUAUGUGAAGUUCAUUAAAAACAAUGUCAAGUGGUAAGCAUGUCGUAUGUCGUGAAUAUGUAUACAUAUAUGUAUAUUAACAAGUUAAUAAACAAAACUGUGUUCUACAAAAUAAUAUUUAAACACCUUAAUAAAAUCUUUAUUCACAAUUGCCAAUUCUAGUUGCAUGUACGGUUGGUUUGUUUGUGUUUGGUUUACAUUUAAAAAUUAGUCAUGAGUAUAAGCUACUCUUGGCCAAAAGUUGUUUACGAUUUUUUAUGCUUUGGCUUUCGUUCUCAACCACCUUGGCGGAUAUUAAACAAAUUUGUAACUAUUUGGUAUUGCGAGAGAGUGCGAGAGCGCACAUAUAUGUAUGUAUGUACAUUAGUGAGCGCGCAGGCUUUGAUGAGACAAAACUUUGGAAACAUUUAUAUUGUAUCUUUUGGCCUUUACAAAGCUUGUGUUGGAGCAACGGACAGUCUGUUUGAGUUGGAUACCAGUAGUCAUCGGAUAGACUCGGCGUGGAACGGUCGUUUGGUGUUUGUUAUUUAUUUACGGGGAGAAUGACGAUAGAAGUCGCUAUUUGUUUCUUGUCUUUUAAAUAAGUAUACAAUUCUUAUUGUAAUUAUAUCAAUAAAAAUACAAUACGAAAAAGUGAAAAAAGAUUUUAAAGCCAAAUAAAAUCAAACUUAUAAAGCAACAGUACGCAUUGCAUUGUUCGUAAUGGAUUUGCUUAACCAGUCCGUAGUCGAUAUGUGCGUGUGAAGAAAUUUUACGAUAGUACUCGUAGAAAAAAGGCUCUAUAUGUAUGUAAGCGAGUGCAUAAGAAAAUCAAAGAUAUUUUUAUGGUGGUGUUUUUCGGGUUGAGUCAACAAAAAUAAACGCGAAAAAUUUGUACAAUCACGAAACGGAAAAACGUCGAAAUAACGCAAAAGAUUCAAUUCUUUCAAUUGAAUUGCUAUCUAAAAAGUUGUAAGAAGUCAAAUUGAAGUUUCUUACUUGCGGUAGCGGUCGGCCGUACUUACAUACAUACACAUGUACAUAAACCGCGUACACAUAUACAUACAUACAUACAUACCUACAUAUAUUAAAGUGGUAACAGCAAAAGCAAUAGUAAUAACAACAGCAACAGCAACAACAGCAGCACAGCACUAGCAGUAGCAACACAUCAACCAAAUCAACGAAUUGAGAAUACGAAAAGCUGUGUGAGCUUAUGACAACAAUAACAACCAAAACAAUAAAAAAAAAAUCAGUAAAAUUCACAGCAGCAGCUGAGAAGACCAGCAUUCGUUUAGUAGUGAAAAAAAUAAAAAUUGAGAUGUGCAUAACGGUGUAGUGAAUUUGUGAAUAAUAUCAAUUUAAAACAUAAAUUAAAAUAAAAAAAAAAAUAUUUAUGCAAACUUGUAUAUGUAGAUAUUCUAUGAUAUUUCUCCUGUGAUAUUUAAUCAAAAUUUCUGUUUCCUGAAGUAAAUGGAAAAUUUCAUAUUGCAAAUAAAGAAACGCGUUCAACAACUUAAUUACAUACACUACUUACAUACGUGUACAUUCGCUCGAUUACACUCAGCCACACGCUCAUAUAAAAACGAGAAACCAGUGUAAGUUGUUAGAUAAUUUUGUUUUUGCAUUUUGACAUGUGCUUGGCGUGUUCGAAACGGUGAUGUUACCAAAUAAACUCGUUGUAAUCUACUGCCAACCAACGACGCAAGAACAACGUCCAAACGAUAACACUGUUAUCACCAACAGCAGAAACAAAAGCAAGAGCAAAAACAAGACCAAAAACAAGUGCAGAAACCGAAACAGUAGCAGAAACAGCAGAAACAAGAACUGCAACAAUUGUGACAGCAACAACAGUAGUAGUAACAUCAGCGACAGGCACAGUAGCACCAGCAGCAACGCCAACACCAACAACCACACUGUCAAUGACGUUGAUGCGGGCCACGCCUCAAUCAAGUACAAAAUUUGUAUUGGUCAAGUGUGCGUGUGUGUUAGUGCUUGCACGUUGAGUGUGUUAACGUCCAAGUUAUCAAGUCUGCAACAAGCGAUCACGCAUCCCGUUAGUGUUCCAGACCAAAAACAACGAACACCACCACCGACACCACAACGAGUUGAACAACAAAGCGACGGGCAACAAAAGCAGCUAGAACGGAAACAAAUACGUUUACAACAACAAGUUUGCAAAAGAAGAAGCAGAACUCUUACGAAACUAAUAAUAAAAGCAAUAACAAAAACAACAAUACCACCAGCAAUAACAAACAACACGUACCCAUUACCGCUGCUACCAGCACACUUCCGUCGUCGUCAGCGUCGCCAACGACGUCGUUGCCGUCAUUUACACACAGUCCGUUGGCCAACGAGGGCUAUUGAACUGUAUGCGCCUCAAAAGCAGACGCAGAAGCAGAAGCAGAAGUAUUGGAUACGGAAAUUUGCAAACAUAAUUCGAAAAUAUGAAUUUAAUUAUUGUCGCCAUUGUGCUACUAAUGGCCCACAAGGAAUAUAUGGCAAGCCCAACACCAUUAAAAUUACCAGGACACACACAGAAACUCUCCCCAUACAUACGCCACUGGGAGGCGGCGGAUUUCGAUCGCACGCAUUUGCAUACGGCCCAUCAAAAACAUAUCGAACAGAAGCGUCAUCGUCGAAAAAGAGAAUUGAAUUCGGCCGAGUUCGGGCCAGUGCACACAAUCAGACUGAAUUUCUUUGCUCAUGACAGAGAAUUUCGCAUGAUUCUCCAUCAGAAUCCACUGUCAGUAUUUGCUGGUGAUGUUGAAAUCGAAAGUACACACGGCCCAGUGGAAUAUGAUAUUUCAAGAAUAUACACCGGCUCUCUAGAGGGUGAUGAGAACUCUCACAUACAUGCCAUUCUCACCAGCGACAAUCUACUCGAUGGCACCAUUGAAACGGUCGGUGAGCACUACUAUGUCGAGCCGGCGCAACGCUAUUCAAGCGAAUUGCCCGCAUCGGGUGUGCACAGUAUCAUUUACAAAGUCAGCGAUGUGCGGAUGCGCAAGUCCGCAGCAGCAGAGCACUGCGCCAGCGAACGACUGCGACGCGAUAUGCUGCUGAACGAUUUGAAGCGACGGAAAGCGGCCGAGGUCGAAGCGGAAGCGUCAAAGUCGCUGGAGCGGCACAAGCGUUGGCUGCCGGAUGAGUUGACCACAUCCACCGAUGACCAUCAAAAUCCACCGUUGCCAUUGGACUUGGAUGUGCCCUACAACGAUGACUUUAGUAUCUUUGCGGGUGCGGGCGGCAGUCGUGGUCGUAGUAGAGAGCGAGAUCAAGCGGAGAGAGUGAGGAGUCGCGAACGAGAGCGGGAAGAGAUUACCACAACGAAAACAGUGAAUAAUAACAAUUAUAACAACAAUAACUAUAAUCGGGAGCAGCAAAGAAAUAAAAAUCUGCAAACAGCUUCGUCGUCGUCGUCGUCGUCGUCGUCAACAACAACAACGUGGCGCAAUGCUGCUGCCGUUGAUGGAGACACAACUGAUAAAUACGGUGAUUUGUUGCGUAGUGUAAAUAGUGCCAAUAAUUUUAACAACAACAACAAUAACUACUACUACAAUAGCAACAGCAACAACAACACCAAUUUGUAUGUUCCGUCCCUCAUUGUCGCGAACGCGUCGUCCACAAUUGGUGGCAUACACAAUCGCAAUAUCAUCGUCAACAGUUAUAAUCCGGGCAAUAGUUAUAGCAAUAGCAACAACAAUAAUAAUAAUAAUAAUUUCAAUAACAACAACAACAAUAAUAAUAACUACAAUAACAACAAUAACAACAAUGGCUUUCGCAAAACCUAUGCAAAGCACAAGAAUAUCAUUGUUAGCACAUACAACAACAAAAAUAACAACAACAAUAAUAAUAAUAAUAAUGGCAGCAGCAACAAUAGCAACCGUUCAUAUCCCUAUGAUUUUAUCAGCAAUUAUAAUGAUAACAACAACAACAAUCGCUUUGACACCAGUAACUUCUUUCCAUCGAAUUGGUCCACAAUGUUCACCAACAAUAACAACAACAACAACAACAAUGAUAAUAAUCAGCAUAAUGAUCGCCCGAGUCAUAAGACCCACGUCGAGAUCAUCACCAAAAAUGGCGCCACCAAGAAACCGAAUAUCAUUGUAAAUAAUUACAAUCCGGAUAUAAUGUUAGUGCCAAAUCCACAAAAUCCACAUUUCAACAGUAUGUUGAUGACCAACUUGUUGAGCGGUCGUGGUCGUGAUACUGCUUACGAAUCGGGCACGAAGGAUAGUGCGCAAUCGUUGUACGAUCGUAAGAUCACUUGUAUGCUCUAUUUGCAAGCCGAUCAUACGUUUUUUCAGAAAAUGGGUUCGGAUGAGGCGAGCAUUGAGGCGAUCACACGUCAUGUGCAGCGUGCCAAUUCGAUCUAUAAGAACACAGACUUCAACAACGAUGGUAAGCCAGAUAAUAUCACAUUCAUGAUCAAGCGCAUCAAGGUGCACAAUAUGAAUUCAGUCAGAGAUCCGACAUAUCGUUUUCCGGGCAAUUAUGGAGUGGAGAAGUUUCUGGAACUAUUUUCAGAGGAAGAUUAUGAUGCCUUUUGUCUGGCCUACAUGUUUACCUAUCGAGAUUUCGAGAUGGGCACAUUAGGUUUGGCCUGGACUGGUGAUUUGAAAAAUGCUGGUGGAGUUUGUGAGAAAAAUGGACACUAUCGCGGCUCUUUGAAGUCACUAAACACAGGCAUUGUAACGCUACUAAAUUAUGGUAAACACGUUCCUCCAGCUGUAUCACAUGUGACCUUGGCCCAUGAAAUUGGUCAUAAUUUUGGUUCACCUCACGAUCCGGAACAGUGUACACCCGGUGGUGAGGAUGGUAAUUUCAUUAUGUUUGCCCGCGCCACAUCUGGUGACAAAAAGAACAACAACAAAUUCUCACCAUGUUCACUGAAAUCCAUCGAACCCGUACUAAAUGCAAAAGCACGUAGCGCCAAAGGCUGUUUUACCGAGCCGCAAGCAUCCAUUUGUGGCAACGGCGUUGUUGAGGGAGACGAACAAUGCGAUUGUGGUUGGGAGGAGGAUUGCAAGGAUACAUGUUGCUUCCCGAUGUCGCGACAUCCACGUAUCGAUGAAAAGCCAUGCACACUGACGCCACGUGCCAUGUGUAGUCCAUCACAAGGGCCAUGUUGUACGGGUGAUUGUAAAUUGAAAUUCGGUGAUAAGUGUCGCGAUGACAAUGGCUGUCGCGAUCCGAGCUUCUGCAAUGGCCUCGGACCGGAGUGUCCGCCAUCGGUGAAUAAGCCGAAUAAGACAAUUUGCAAUAAGGAAUUCGUUUGUUAUAUGGGCGAGUGUACGGGCAGUAUUUGUUUGGCCUAUGGCCUCGAGUCAUGUCAAUGUAUACCGGGACCGACUGAUGAUAAAAUUAAAUCGUGCGAAUUAUGUUGCAAAUUGCCUGGAGAAGGAAAUGCCUGCCGCAGUUCGUUUGAAUGGAAUGAGCCACCCUUUGAUGUGCCGGAUAUGUACGCGAAGCCGGGCACGCCAUGCAAUGAUUACAAUGGUUACUGUGAUGUAUUCCAAAAAUGUCGCGAAGUGGAUCCAUCUGGCCCGUUGGCUACGCUACGCAAAUUGUUGUUGUCGGAGGAGAGCAUUGCGACGUUUAAGAAGUGGGUGCAGCUCAAUUGGUAUACCGUUGUGUUGGCGGCGUUGGGCGUUUUCGUUUUGCUGAUACUCAGCACCAAAUUGCUGGCGAAACGCUCGAAUCUGAAACUAAAAUCGGUGACAAUCAUACACAGCGCCACCACCGAAACCGUGCGUCUACCCGACGACAACAACGGCGUCAUCGUGCAUACGGCCGUCCGUACAAAAGUACCGUUCAAGAAAAAGGUUCGUGGCGAACGCAACAAUAAAGGCAAGGGAGCACACCGAAGUGGCAGUAACGGUAAUAUUGGUGCUGGCAAAACGCAGGCUAACAACGUUGGUAUGAUAGCGUCCAGCAAGACCGGUGAAUUAGCCACGAAAUCGACACAUGCACAUAAUCGAAGCGGAAAACUGAGCAGCAGCGCGGGGCUGAUUACAACAGCAGCUGUACUGCCGGCUAUCGGUGCGGGCGCGUUGGUUGGUGAAGUAAGCAAACCGGCGCGUAACAAGAAGAAUCGCGUUGGUAGUAGUGGUGGUGGCGCGACAGCAGCAAAACCCACGACUGUUGCACCAGCUUUAAAUGCUGCGCUAACGGCUACAGGUAACGCCACAAAAACAGCGGAAAACGAAGUGAAGCCGAAAGCCAAACGCUUUAAGAAGCACAACAAAGAGAUCAUCGACUAUUCAUCACGCAGUGGCCAAGAUGCUGCUAGUAUUAGCGGUGGUGCACACACGAACACAUUUGGCAAAGUGCAAAAGUGGCUGCUGGAGUCGCCUAUUGUUGUGCAGCCACUGUCACAUAUAGAGCAUUCUUCAAAGAUACGCAAGGUGAUGAGCAAAUCACAGUCCACACCCGAGCGACUCGUACAGAAGUCACCACAGAAGUCCAAAUCGGUGACGAACCUGGUCAAUGACAAAGUGAAACUGCAAGUAGUGUACAAGCCGCCAUUUAAGUUUGCGCUGCGACUCUCCAAGAAUGCCAAAGUGAAGACGCAUGUCAUUGGUGGCGCAGUGAAUAAACUGAAGCGACAGACGCGUACGCCGGGCGCAGGCGCAACCGGUGCCGGCGAGGGUAAACAUAAGAGCAGCAAUCAAAAUAGCGAGGGUAGCAAAAACUCUGGCAGUGUCGGAGUUGGUGGCGGCAGCGAGGAGGUUAAGUGCAAACGCAUCGCCUUGCUACUCCGCAAUAAUAACGAAGACAAUCAAAUACUAACCUUAAACGAACCGACGUACGAGACACUCAAUCCGAAAACCAUGCCCUCCAAAAUGGAGAAUCCCUUCUAUGAGAAUUUACACUGCAGCGCAGUAACUGGCGAAAAGACCUCAGCGCCAAUAAAUGCGAAUACGCCGCCUAAGGCUUCCAGCUCAAGCAAAAUAACAGCAGAGGCAGCACACCCCGCCGGCGCACUGCAAAAGCAACGUACGCAAAACUACAGUCGCUCAAAUUCAUUCUCAACCAACAAUCCAUUUGCAUCCACGAGCCACGCCGCCGCGCCGCUCCACACACGUAAGCUGAGUGAAAGCAACAGUGUACAGCAAGCGACGACGGCGAAUGCACACAUUUUAGGGCGCAACUUCGGCAGCACUCAGAACCUCGGUCAAAUUGCGCAGAAUCAAAAUCACUUAGCCAAAUCAAAAAAGCGCAGUAGCUUGAAUCUGAAGCUGAAUAGCGCCUCAAAGAAUGGUAAGGAUCCACCUGUGGCAACGCGUCGUAGCAAUUCCAAUAUGAAUUUACGUAGUAAUACGACGGCCACCAGCACAUAUCAGCCUAGUACCUUCACUGAUGAGGCGCAACCAAAUGCCAUUGCGACCGCCACCACAAACACAACCACUUCCACGCAUGCCAACAGCAGUGGCGCCAAUUUGGCGGCCACCGUCUCUGCGAGUGGAUCCUCGGAGCGACAACUGCGACGCAGCUCGAGUAGCACCAACGCCUAUCAACAUCAGACCAAAUCUACGGCACAGGGUGCGACCAAUUUGGGAUUCACAGCGGCGGCUCUACCAACUGCGCGCACCAGCUUCAGCAAUAUACCACGUGCCAGUCUCAAUGGCACAACUGGGAUUGCGUCUAGCACGACUAGUGGUCUGGGCAAUUUUAAUCGCAUAACAGAUGUAGAUCAACUAGUCGCGGGCAGUCAGUCCAGUCACAGUAGUCACGGUAGUCACGGAAGCCACCACAGCCACAAUAGCCAUCACUAUCAUGCACCGGCACGGCAUGAGCACCGACGUAGUCGUAGUAAUGCACAUUCCACUACAGCACCAACAACACUAGCCAACACUGCCAAUUCAAAUGCCACCGCCACGACAGCAGAGCACCUACAGCAACAGCCACAACCACAAAAACGUUCCAAUUCCAUUAGACAACUACAGCAUAGCUAUCAUCCACCGCCGUUGCCAUCUGUUGCGGCGCCCAGUCACCUCGGUCAGGGUCGCAUUGAGGCAGAGCAUGAACUGCCAUCCGAUUUGGAGGUUUUACUGUCUGAUGUAGAGAAUUUAGUUAGUUAAGGGUUAAUAGUUAUAAGUAUUAGAUGGGCGCUGGUGUAUUGUGGGAAGGUAGAGAGAGCAAAACCUCUCUGCAAAGCAAUUAAUCGGUGUUUAAAAGUGGUUGAAGAGUUACUUAAGUACAUAUGUGUGUAUUUAGAUAAAAAAAAUAGUAGUACUACUCAUGUUUUGUUUAUUGCAGCUGAGGAAAAGAAAAAUCGGAUAAAGUGUUUUCUAAAUAUUGUAUUUUUUAAUUUUAAAUUCAUUUUCACAUUCGAUAACAAUCGCUUU